GCCACUCAAGGCCACCCUGGUUAAAAGGGAGAGCUGUCCUCCCUGUGCCUGCCGAGGGCUUGGGGUGCCUGAGCUGCUCCAGGGCGAGCUGAGGUGGGACCAUGAGCGCUCUCGGGGGGCUCCUGCCUGUGCUGGUGCUGCUGCUCCCCUCCGCAGCUCUGCCCAGGAAGGAGGGAAGGGAUUCCCCGCUGGAAGCAGAAGGGAGAAGGGUGGCAAAUGGAAGUUUACAGGAGACACCCAGGUCCAGGAGGGCUGCUGCCACUCGCCUCUUCUCCGAGGCUGAGCCGGGAGCCAAAUGCCCUCAGGGGGAGGCUGAGGAGGGCGGCCCGGGCUGGUCCCGCUCUGGCCCGCAGCCCUGGCCCCUCGGGGGCCUGGAAGGGCCCGUGUGCAGGGUGAGGAUGGAGCAGGACGGGGCCACCGCGAGGCAGCUGGAGGUGGUGGGUGUGCUCAGCCACUACGAGAGCAGCUUCAUCAGACUGCUGAGACGGCGCCGGAGCUGGGACGGGAAUUUCCCGGGGACCUUCGGGCUGUGCCGGCCCGGGGAGGCCGGGGCUGCUCCCCAUCCCCUGCAGAGGAUCCACGAGCAUGUGCUGGAGCCGGGGCUGGAGAGAUUCCUCGUCCUGCACCUGGAGGAAGUGCAGUGGGAGGCGCAGGUGAAGCUGCGGUUCCAGCUGGUUUUUCCAGGCGGAGGUGGGACGGGCCUGGGAGAGCUGCAGGCGGCCGUGAUGCUCUUCUACUUGGGCCGCCGGGAGGGCCGGAGCUCCGGGUCCCCGCAGGAGCUGCUGGCCACCGGCCCGGGGCUGGCGCGGGACCAGAGGCUCUGCCUCUCCAGGGACACGCAGUACCUGGCCCUGGCCGCCGCCGCAGCCUCCGUCACCCGCAGCGCGGAGCGGCUCCGCUUCUCGGCUUCCCUGGCCAUCCACGGCGCGGGAGGUGCCCCCCUGCCCCGCGCGGAGGUGCAGCAGCUCCUGUUCGGCUCCGAUGACAAAUGUUUCACCCGGAUGACCCCGGUGCUGCUGCUGCUGGCCAAGUCACGGCAGCAGGAGGAGGAAGAGGAGGAAGAGGAGCCUUUGGGCCCAUCCUCCUACCUCUCUGCCGAGGGGAUGGUGGACACAGCUCCGUACCCACAGCUCAGCCCACCCCAGGCUGGCACCGAGGCGCUGCCGAUCCCCACUGCCCCGAGCCACGGCAACACCUCGUCCCCAGCACCCGGUGGCAGCGCCCAGUUCCUGGCAACCCUGACCCGGUUCAUCCGGCAGCUCCUGAGCUCCUCCAGCGAGCCGCCGCCCCAGCCCAGUGCCCACCACCGGCUGGACUUCGAGGUGAUGGAGAACCUCCCUCACCAGCUGCUCAACCUGUCGGAGGAGGCGGCGCUGGAGCGGUUGGUGCAGUCGGAGGAGCCCUCGGUGCUGCUGCUGCCCCAGGACAGCGGGGCCGUGCUGGAGCAGCCUGGGGACUGGCAGCCGGAGGGCACCGUGCUGCAGCUGCUGAUGGGCAAACUGCAGGUGGUCAUCCAGGAGCUCAGGGACAUCCCGGCUUUCCAAGCCAACGCGGCGCUUUUCCAGCACCUCCUGACCUUCUGCUACUACCCAGCCGAGCCGGGGCAGGGAGGCGGCCGAGGGGAGCCGGGCUCUCGGAAGCUGCGCACGCUGCUGCUGCUGAAGGCGCUGCAGUCGGUGCGGGCGCGCUGGCAGGAGCGCAGGAAGGUGCAGCGGCAGAACCGCAGCGCCCGGCACCAGGCGCACUGCCGGCUGCAGGAGCUCACCAUCGACCUGCGCGACCGCCACUUCAUCAUCAUGCCCACCAUGUACGCGGCCAACAACUGCGAGGGGCCCUGCCGGCUGCCGCUCUCCGCGCGCAUCCCCAGCUACUUCUCGCACACGGUGCUGCUGCUGGGCAUGCAGGACCAGGGCUCGCCGCUGCGCAGGGCUCCGUGCUGCGUGCCCGUGCGCUACUCGGACCAGCUCAUCAUCAGCCUCUCCUCGGACGGGCUGGAGAUCCGCAAGUUCCCCAACAUGGUGGCAGAGGAGUGCGGCUGCCGGUGAGGCUCCCACCGGCCUCCCCGCUCACCCCACCCCGGUCCCUCUCCCGGUUUGCCCUCCCGGCUCGGGAUCUGGUGCUUCUCCCGAGACGGGAGCUCCCGUGUGUCCUUUCCCCAUGGUUUGGCUCGUUAGCAUCGCUCUGGUUCUGGGUUCAUCCAUGCCUGUCCCUGGGGCUGCUCCAUGUUCCGCUGGGGAUGUGCCCCUCCCGCUGCUGAGGGUGCCCGAGGUGCCCGUGGGCUCGGACUUGGCUGGGUACGGGCACGGCAGGGCCGUGGGGCGAGGACAAAGCUUGGCAGAUCCAGAUUCUUAUUUAUCGCUCGCUCUCUGCUCCUGUAGUGGCUGGGAAGGGCAGCUGCUGCUUCCUCCAAGCCUUGCAGCAUCCUCUGGCCAUUCCUCAGCCCACGGCCCAUCACGGGACCCCUGUGACAGCAGAGCAAGAGGCCAAAUCCCCUCGCAGAGCCCAGCCUGGCCCUGGGGACACGUCUCUGUGUGAGCUGCGGCUGUGAGGAGCCGCUGGCCGUGUUCUGGGGCUCCGGGCCAGGUCACAUCUGCGUCACCCCGCGCUGACCCCGGGAGGGGAGGAGGGAGCGAUCCCGUUUCACCUCCCGGGCUGCUCACACCAUUAAUGGGAGCAGGAGCAGCCGGCUGCCGCAGCACCUGCUCCGCGUCCCCGCCGGCCUCAGCUCCGGCCGCCUGCCCCAGAUCAUCUUCCAGCUGAGCCCGGCCCUGGGAGCAGCUCCUGGGCUUGUCCUGGCUACACCUCCUCGGGUUUUGCAGUGUCCCCACGGGGAGGCCCGGCUGGAGGUUGGUACCCCCAGUUCCAUCUCACAGCCCUGCAGGAUUAACCCUGAAAACACACCCACACAUAACCAGGGACAAAACACAUAACCAGGGACAAGGGCUUUUCUCGUUUUCCUUUUCCCCCCCCUAUUUUUAAAAAGCAUUCAGUUGAAUACCUUAUUAAAAAUGAAAAUAGUUUAUUUUAACUGCUGUUGAUUUAGCAAAUACUGAAACCUGCCAUGGGUCGGGGCUGUGAACAUCUCUGGCUGUGCUAUUGCUCUUGUGUUUCCUCCCUAAAAGCGACUCGGAGAAGGCGAGGCCCACAGGGAUCCCCGGGUGAAGGGCUCCAGCCCUGCUCUGUCACCUUCUGGGCCACCCUGCAGCGAUGGCACUGGGCUGGGGAGGUCGGGGUCUGUCCCUGGUGUCCCUCUGAGGACGGCUGCAGCCUGGUUCUGUAACCCAGAAUAUUCUUCUCUCCUGAUUUGCUUUCAAUAAAACCAUUAACCCAAGA